AUGAAAUUUAUUUUAAUAUUUUUAUGUAUCUCUAUAUUAAUUGGUUUUAUAAAUUCUAGAGAUAUUAGUAUUGAUUUUCAAAAAACCAAUGACAUUACAAAAGGAGAGGUCAUUUUUAGUCAAUGGGAUGAUAGAAAAGACAUGGUAUGGACAACAUUAAAUGAUAAAAGUGUAAACAGUUUCCCUAAAGAAUUUAAAUUCUACUCACUAUGUUAUAGAGUUAACUCUAAUUAUAAUAUUGGUUGCUAUUUGGUUAGCCCAAAAAAUAAUAGAAUUACCAUCAAGGGAAGAGAUGUCACAGUAGAAGAUUAUUAA